CUGAAGAGUGUGCGGCUGUCCGCUGUGUAUGGAUCAAAGUACAAAUUGUGUCAUUUCUAGUAGGAUUAUUUUGGCAUGGUUGCAGUGAGUGAUACAUUGCACUUCACACAAAUAGUUAUUCUUAACUGUAUAUGAUUUGUGCGCAAAAUCCUGUGCUUGUUUGCACCGAUAACAGAUGAGAUUGCUGUCUGGCUCACUGCUCAGAUUGAGGAGAUUCAAUGCUAAUUUCUCUACAGGCACCAUCAUCAGAAGCACAAACUCAGACACCAUGAGACUCGUCCAGUUCUGCCAUGUAGGAGAUGUGGGACGUGUCAGAGUCGGGGUGGAGCAAGCAGAAGGUCAGGGGGUCAUUGAUCUGAAAGCUUUUGACCCCUCAAUACCUUCAACUAUGAGAGAGUUUCUAGAGAUGGGGAAAAGGGGAAUGGACUGCGCUAAGAGGGCUUUGGCCAGCGGUCAAUGUGUGGUAUCACGACCAGAUAUCAAACUGCUCUCCCCGGUCACCGGCCCGGAGAAGGUCGUGUGUGUCGGUAUGAAUUACAGAGACCACUGCCUAGAGCAGAAUGCCCCGAUUCCUACUGAGCCCAUUAUUUUCAGCAAGUUCCCCUCCACUAUCACCGGUCCUUAUGAUGAUAUAAUCUUACCAGAAGAGAGUACGGAAGUGGACUGGGAGGUGGAGCUGGCCUUUGUGAUUGGACAAAAAGGAAAGCACAUUAAGGAAGAAGACGCCCUGUCCUAUGUUGCAGGUUUUACUGUAGCUAAUGAUGUAAGUGCUCGUGAUUGGCAGAUGAAACGCAAUGGAAAGCAGUGGCUGCUGGGAAAAACAUUUGACACAUUCUGUCCACUCGGGCCAGUGCUUGUCACCACUGAAGAACUAAAAGAUGUUCAUAACCUUGGUAUCCGCUGCCUGGUGAAUGGUGCCGUGGUUCAGGACAGUAACACCAAUCAAAUGAUCUUUCAUACACAGAAGCUGGUGGCUUGGGUCUCACAGUUUGUAACCCUUUGUCCCGGUGAUGUGUUUUUGACUGGAACACCUCCAGGUGUGGGGGUCUUCAGAAAUCCCCCUGUGUUUCUAAAGAGAGGAGAUGUUGUGGAGUGUCAGGUUGACAGGAUCGGCUCUAUAAGGAACACAGUGGUAUAACUGAAAGAUGUCAAGAGUUUUGUUACAUCGACUCAAGUGCCUUAAAGGGAUACUCCAGCCAAAUAUCAAAAUUACCCCAUGAUUUACCCACCUUCAAGCAAUCCGAGAUACACGUCCAUCUUCCUUCAGAAGAACACAUUUGGAGUUAUUUUAGUAUAUGUCCUUGCUCUUCCAAGCUUAUAAGAGUAGAAAACAUAAAUCAGGGUGCCGCUGUUACCGGAAGCUAGUUAUUAUAGCUUAUAGCUUUUAAAAUAUGGGCAUGUUUCUUACAAAUUGGGGUGAUUACCUGCAAAUUAACCCCUUGGAGCCAUGUGGAUUACUUCUGUGAGGGAUGGAUGCACUUAUUUAAAGUAAAAGUUGUUCCCGGAGUCCUGUUUUCUACUGUUAUAAGCUCGGAAAAGCAAGGACGUUUACUUAAAUAACUCCAAAUGUGUUCGUCUGAAAGAUGAUGGACAUGUGUAUCUCGGAUUGCUUAAGGGAAAAUUUUGAUAUUUAGCUGGAAUAUUCCUUUAACAUUGACUCAAGUGCCUUAAUUUAAUGAUAUCUGUAAUUAUAAUUUUUUUUUAAUUGCCAAAAUGUGAUGAUGAUGAUAAUAAGCAUUCUAUGAAAUUAGCUAUUUUAAAGCAUGCAGCAUGCUCUUAUCAGCUUCUGUUACUGUAUUUUUAUAAUGCAUUAUUCUUUUGCAUCUAUGAUGAUUCAUCUGUUGACAGAAUCGGACCCAAACUUACAAUAUUUCAUGUUUGUUUUUCCACGUCAAUGUAGCGUUUUAACCGAUGGUCUUACACACUACAGCAUAGGUCUUUAACAGAGUAGUGGUAUUACCAGGGGUCCUCCAAAUAUUGUUGGAAUUUUCAAUUAAAAAAAUUGAAAAAUGAACCAAAAGGCAUAAAUAGGCCAAUAAUAAAAAUGUGAUUAAAAUGAAGGUUCCCACAUUAAAAACCAUUCAGUAAAUUUGAAA